AUGCCGUCCGCAGUCGAGCUGCUGCUCGUCUCCACUACUUUGCUCGCUCUUUAUGGCGUAGCGACCGUCAUCUACAACCUCUUCUUCCAUCCUCUACGUCGAUAUCCCGGCCCGAAGCUAUGGGCUGCCACGCCAAUGCCUGCGGCAUUCAACGUUCUCCGAGGCACGCCUCAUCUAAAGAUCUUGGAAUUACACAAGUGCUAUGGCGACAUCGUUCGGGUUGGUCCUAACGAGCUAGCCCUCUCCCAUGCGGAGGCGUGGAAAGAAGUCUGUGGUCACCUCCAGCGUGGCCAAGAAGAGAACGGCAAAGAUCCCAAGUAUGCCGACGAGGGCGCGGAUAAGAGUCUUAUUUCCGCGUCGCGUGAAAGACACGGUCCACUACGGCGCCUGUUAUCGCAUGCGUUCUCGGCGCGUGCCAUGAGCGAGCAGCAGCCUCUGAUGGAUAGACACAUUGACCUGUUCAUCCAGAGACUCCAUGAGCAUGGGGAAGGUGGAAUGAAGCCUUUGGAUGCCUCCAAGUGGUUUGAGUGGAUCACAUUCGAUAUCAUCGGCGAUCUAGCCUUUGGUGAGCCGUUUGGGUGCAUCCAAACAGCCUCGUCUCACCCGUGGGUCGAAAGCUUCUUCGACUCUCUCGGAAGUGUGGCUUUUAUGCAGGUCCUCCACGACUUUCCUUUAUUCCCCCUCUUGAAGCCUUUGUACGGCGCUCUUGUGUUCCCCAGAAGACUACUUGAGCAACGUCGUCUCAGUCAAGAGCUUGCUGAAGAGAGUCUGAAAAAGCGGCUCAGCCUGCAGGGAGACAGACCGGACUUUGUGCAUGCAAUGAUAAGAAGCCCCGAGAAAUAUAAACUAUCGCAAGAGGAGAUGCGAGACAACGCCGUUCUUUUGACAACGGCUGGCUCAGAGACAACCGCGACAACGCUCGCUGCAGCUCUCUACUUUAUCUGCGUCCACCCUGAGGUGCUUGCCAGAUUGAACGAGGAGGUCCGAUCGGCUUUCCAAGGAGACGCCGACAUCGACGUCAACAGUGUUCAGAAGCUUUCCUACAUGCUUGCUGUACUCAAGGAGACCAUGCGCGUUCACCCUGCCGUGGCAAUUUCUUUGCCACGCCGCACACCUGUCGGUGGAUCGCAGAUCGCCGGGGAUUGGGUGGCUGGAGGGACCACUCUAGGUAUUUGGCAAUACGCGGUCUAUCACAAUCCUUCCAAGUUCCUUCACCCAGACUCUUUCAUUCCAGAGCGCUGGCUGGACGAUGAGCGCUUCGACGGCGACGAAAAGAACCUGCACCAACCGUUUUCGUAUGGCCCACGCAACUGCCUGGGCAUGAAUCUUGCCUACGCUGAGAUGAGAUUGAUUCUGGCCCGCAUCAUCUGGAACUUCGAUCUGGAGCUGGCACCUGAGAGCCGAGCAUGGGCAGCCGGGCAGAAGAUCUUCUUCUUCUGGGACAAGCCCCCUCUGUGGAUUUCCUUCAAGUCCCGAAAUGCGUGA